AUGAUCGGCGCCGUUCCUAUUCCCGUCGCCGCAGUCCCUCUCCCGUCUUCCACAGUCCCUCUCCGGCGCUGGAAGUUCUCUUCCGUCGCCGCAAUCCCUCUCCCGUCGCCGCAGUCCCCCUCCGGCGCCGCAAGUUCUCUCCCCGGCGCAGCGGGAGACGUUUCGGCAACUGGUUGUUUCGUUGUUGUGGGAUCGGCGAGAGUUAUUCAAAUCGUGUUGUAA